UUACUACGGAAAAGUAGAUCUGACAGCCUCUCCUGGCCUUUCCAACGAGCUCUUCUUCUUUCUUCCCAAUCACUGGCAUCAUUCGCUUGCACCGCUUCCUCCUGCGCCGGUCCCUGUUGCAAGUAUCGUACAACAACGGAAGCGCUGGCCGUUCAUUGAUCCGUUAAGCCCAGGGCGGCUCGGCUUGCCUUAUCCCUCAAUUAACAUUGCACCGCAAUGUUGCCCGGUCUCUGCCGCCAUUUGUUAGACGGCGUGAAUAGCCUCUCCCUUUCUUCCGAGGCCCCUCAGCCUCUUUAAGAUACAUGGCAGGCGUGCAACUGCGACAACCCACCAUGACCGACUAUCGAUUGCCGCUCCAUCAGCCACCCCCUGCUCGGAAGCCGGUUCCUGGGAUGCAUGCUGGUUAUCCAUUCCAGUCCUAUGAUGGGCCUCAUAAGCAACAGCUCUCUCCCCAUCCAUCCCUCGCUCACAAUCGGGGCCGGAUGCCGUCGGCCAAUGCGUCGCCCUAUAUGGGUCAGCAACAACCGUACUCCAAUACCCCUUCGCCCCAUCAUACCAUGACCUCUACUCCUAGUUACCCUCCCUCGAGAAGAUUGUCGAGCGCCACAACCUCUACGAGCUCGACUGGCAACGCCGCGGGUCACUCCGCCGCUUCGGAUAUUCGCAGAAGCACGUCAUCCCGUUCUGCUAACUCUCAGUUGGGUUAUGUAGCUCUAAUGCGGAGGCAGAAGGCCACGGUGUGGUGUGAUCGAGCACAGCCGGAGGAUCCGCGCCUCCGAGCCCAGAAGCUUGCCGACAAGAAGAGAGCGUACCUUGAAGUCCAUGGCGCAGGCGCUGGUGGACGGGCGGGUACCCUUGGGAGCGGUAAAAUUAAGCACUCUAAAGGAGGCACUGAUUUCUCGCCCUCGAACCUCGUGUCGGCCACUGUUCCCGUACGACUCAGUGCCAAUGAAGUGGGGGAUGCGGAUGAGGAUGCACAUAGUGAUUAUGGAUUUCCUCAUCGUCGCACUGGAAGCGGUCGCAGCUCUUUGGGAAGCAACCAUCGUUAUCCCAGUGGCUAUCAGCGGACGCCCCAGGGCACCAUGGGAAGUAACAGUACUCCCCCGAGUGAGAAGACGGAUUUGCCAAAUGUCACGGAGCAUCCGCCGGCGGAGAGCACUGAGGAAAAGAAAGUCAAAGAUGACGCCGCCACCACCUAUAGCUUCGAGGCCGCAGAUGAGGACAAUUUUGGGAGCGUAGGGGAGAUGGCUGCUCCCAGUGCAGCGACCACGGCGGCCGAAAAGGCGAGGAGGGCGGACGAACUAAGGCGGCGGGGUAGUGUGGACGACCGAACGAGCACGAUGACCAAUGUCCGACUUUUUGUUGCGAAUCCAGACCUCAGUGACUAGUGGCACCUUGUAUCGUCAUAUAUCGCAUUUAUCUCUCGGAUCUAUACCCACGAA